UUAUUUGUGAAUUGUGAUGUGUGUAAUUCUAAUUAAUGACUAUAUCACACAUUUUAUUGUAUGUUGUUGUAGUCCAGAAGUCCUGUUCUUAGCAGUAUUCACGGUGUUAUUAUACUGAUUUAUUAACUGUUUAGUUAGGUUUUACAUAAUAUAUCAUAUUAGCAUCAUUAGUUUAAAUCAAAUUCGUAUUUUCCACCAAUAUGUGGAAAGUAAUUGGCUCACUUUUUAUUUUGCUUUUUAUGUUAAUCGCUUCGACAAUUGGACAGUAUAGUAAUCAGCCAUGCUUUCGAUCUGACAACGGACAUCUAUGCAUCGACAGCGCCACUAGCCGCAAUAUUUCUUUGAGUACUAAAGGAAAAGGAUUCAUAAACGUGAAUAAUGAAAACUUACUUCAAAUUAUCGGACUGGCUAAAGAAGCUUCGGAACUAAUCGAUUCGUUUCGAACAAACGAUUUGCCUGAGUUUGUGGAUACAAUAAACAAAUUUGUGCCACUGAUAGAUGGUCCGAGAAGUUUAUCUAGUCGAGUUACCGCUCUGGAAAUGCAAAUUAUGAAUACGUCAUCGAAAUUAUCUACUAAGGGUAAAGGUGGAACGACGUUCGCCGCAGAUAGAUUAGAAGUCAGAUUGACUAAUUUGGAAAAGAAAAUCACUAAUCUCGUUAGUCUUCUGUCGAUUAGCGAAUGCUUGAGUAACCCUUGCCAGAAUGGUGGCACAUGUGUGGAUCUUUAUAACGGAUUUCAAUGUAAUUGUCCAAAUAAUUGGCAGGGUAAAAUGUGCGAAUUGGACGUAGAUGAAUGUGUACGUUUCCUUCAUACGGACUUAGGGUGUCAAAACGGAGCGGAAUGCAAGAACACGCCUGGAAGUUACGAGUGCGUGUGCGCGGCGAACUGGUUCGGUUUGCACUGCACGAAAAGGAAGAACGACUGCGACGGGGCAUUGUCGUCGGAGCUCUGCGGCAACGGCGUGUGCAUCAAUCAACCGUCGACGGUCGGUUACACGUGCAUUUGCAAUCAGGGUUGGACUAACAUGGACGGGGGACAAAAUCCGGCUUGCACGAAAGACGUGGACGAAUGCAAGGAAAACAAGCACACGUGCUCCACAAACCCACCGGUCGAGUGCAGGAACACCAGAGGGUCGUUUACUUGCGGAAACUGUCCCACAGGUUAUGAGGGAGACGGUUUUGUGUGUACCGACGUCAACGAGUGUUUGAUAAAUAACGGUGGAUGCAGCGUGAAUCCCAGAGUUCAAUGCAUUAACACGAGAGGAUCGUUUAAAUGCGAUUCAUGUCCACCUGGUUAUAGUGGCAAUGGGUUUAAUUGCGUCUAUAAAUCUGGAGGAGCCUGUGCGAUAGACAAUGGAGGGUGUCAUCCAAAUGCUGAGUGCACUCUUUAUGCCGAAACAACAAUCCAAUGUACAUGUCGGCAAGGGUAUAAUGGUAAUGGAAUCGGGAUGAAUGGAUGCAUUAAAGACAAUAGAAUAUAUCCUUGCCUGAAUAAUCCUUGUGGUUCCCAUGGUGUAUGUCUUUCAAAUUCAACGGAUAGUUUUUCGUGUCAGUGUGACACGGGUUAUACAGGACAAACAUGUAAUAUUAGCGUAGAAAACCCAUGCUUAGUAAAUCCCUGUCUAAACGGAGAAUGUGUUUCUGACCCGAAAUCUGGCGAAUUUCGGUGUGUCUGUGAUAGAGGUUAUUUUGGAACCUUAUGUGGAUCAUAUUUAGAAGUGUGUGGUGGUUAUUUUGACACUUUAAAUGGAUCAAUAAAGUAUCCCGAGUCAAAUACAACACUAACAUACCAGAGUAACUUGAAUUGUUUAUGGAUGAUCAAAGUGAAUUCGUCUCGCGUCAUAAAUAUAUCAUUUGUUUGGCUGGAUAUUGAAAAAUCAAUAAAUUGUUCUUCGGAUUAUGUUGAAAUAAAAAAUGUCGAAGAAGUUGAUGAAAAGUCGUUGGGUAAAUUUUGUGGAAAUACAUUGCCUUUAAAUAACAGCAUUAUUUCUGAUUCAAAUUCAGUUUUCGUAAAAUUUCGAUCCGACGGAUCAAACAAUUACCGAGGUUUUCAGUUAAAUUACACAACAAUACAACAAGACUGUGGUGGAACACUAAAUAUCGAUUCUCACGGAACAUUGUCCUCUCCCGGUUCUCCAAGAAAAUAUCCACCUAAUCGUGACUGUUAUUGGACAUUAAAUGCUAGUCCAGGAAAAAGAAUUCAAUUAAAUUUCUUUUCAUUAAGUUUUGAGCACCAUAUAAAUUGCAGUUUUGAUUAUUUAGAGAUAAGAGAUGGUUUUACUCAGAAUAAUCCAAUAUUGGCAAAACUGUGCAAUACUCCUAAACAAAGUUUACCUCCUCCGAUAAUAACAUCAAGUUCACAUGUAAGUUUGCAUUUCCAUUCUGAUAGUCUUGGUCAAGACUAUGGAUUUCAAAUGAUAUAUAGUGUAAUUGAAGGUGUUCCUGGAUGUGGUGGUACUUAUACAAGCACGUCUGGAAUCAUAGCUUCUCCUUUACAUUUGACCAGUGAUAGCUUUAAUGAUUUGGACAGUUUUAAUUGUGAGUGGCAUAUACAAAUGCCACUUAAUCAGAAACUUAAACUUGAAUUUGUCAAGAAGUUUGGCAUUACAUAUUCUCAAAAUUGUUUAAAAGAAUUCUUAGAAAUCCACGAUGGCCCUAAUAUAAAAUCUCCAUUAAUUGGUCGUUAUUGUGGUUCAACUAGAUAUGAUCAACCAAUAAUCUCUAACAGUAAUGAAGUUACUCUUCUUUUUAUAUCAAAUUUUUCAUCAAAAGUUGAUGGGUUUACAAUUAAAUAUGAUACAUUAUGUGGUGGAACAUUUAUUGCUAGUGAUGGUAUAAUCGAAUCGCCAUUCUAUCCAAACCCUUACCCACAAGAUAAAAUAUGUGAGUAUCUAAUCGAGCAACCAGUUGGCAAAGCUAUUCGAUUAUCAUUUUUGGAUAUAGAUAUGGAUCCUACGUAUCCAUUAUGUAAUUAUGAUUCGGUAGAGAUCAGAGACGGGGACAACGCAAAUUCACCUAUAAUCGCAUUGCUAUGUGGAAAUAUUCAAAAACUUCCCAAACUUCCAUACAUAUCAACACAUAAUUAUAUGUGGUUAAAAUUUUCAAAUAAAAAUAUUAAUUCUCAUAAAGGAUUUCAGGCUAACUAUUCAACCAUUGAUAUAACAUGUGGUGGUAUAUUAAAGCAACCGUCAGGUACCAUACAAUCACCGAAAAAUCCGGAACAAUAUUUAAAAAAUCAGAUUUGUAAAUGGAUUAUAUCUGUAAAUGAAUCUAGUCAAAUUCAAUUAAAUUGGGUAUCAUUUUCCUUGGAUGACCAUCUCACUUGUAAUAAUGACUAUGUUGAUGUCUACGAUAAUAGUAUUCAAGGAAACGCAUCAAAAAUUGCCAAAUAUUGUGGAUCUAAAGUUCCGCCUGUAUUGACUUCAUUAGGUAAUCGUUUAACAAUAGUAUAUAAAACUGAUCAUUUAGGAGCACUGGAUGGCUUCAUGUUAAAUUAUAUUUCCUUUAAUAGAGCACAAGCAUGUGGUGGAAACUUCUUCACCCCAGAAGGUUUUAUUAUGUCACCAAACUUCCCAGAUAACUAUCCCAAGCGAAUGAAUUGUAUAUGGACCAUAAAUGUACCAGAUUCAAAUCAGAUUCAGUUGAACAUCAGUCAAUUUUCUCUCGAAGAAAGUUUUGACUGUGAACUUGAUUAUCUUGAAAUUCGAAAUGGUGGAUACUUAACAUCACCUUUACUUGGGAAGUUUUGUGGAUCUAAAAUUAUUCCUAUUAUAUCUUCAGCCGGAUAUUCACUCCUUAUAAGAUUUGUAUCUGAUGGGUCUGUUGGACUUAAAGGUUUCUUUAUGCAAUGGAAUUCAAUCGCUAGAGGUUGUGGUGGAAAAUUGUAUUCGGGUAAAGGAUAUAUCGUGUCUCCUAACUAUCCAUUGCCUUUACCAGAAACAUUAGAAUGUUUUUACAAGAUAUCUGUGGGGCAAGGCAGUCAAAUCAAGCUUACUAUAUUAGAUAUACAGUUAGUAACAGACAAUGUUCCUGGAUUAAUGUGUAAAGAUGAUUUUCUUGAAUUUUAUGACGGCGGAAAUUCUGCUAGUAAAUUAUUAGGAACCUUUUGUAAUGAUACUGGUGUAUCUCAAUUUAUACAUUCGACAUCAAAUCAAAUGUAUAUUAAAUUUAGAAGUAGCGGUUUUUCCAAAGGAAGAGGGUUUUCAUUAAAAUAUGAUACUGACUGCCGUGUGAAUUUGAAAGGAUAUCAAGGCGUCAUUGAAAUAGUUCAAGAAGAAUAUACAAACGAAGAUACAUGUUUAUGGACAAUUGUGGCUCCUAAAGGAAAUAAAAUUAACAUAACUUUUACCGAAUUUAAAAUAGAGAAAACCGUUAUCAAGACACCACUCUAUCCAGGUUACAGCGAAGACGGUAUACGUUCGUCAAUAUUUUUUACCAGACGAAAUCCUUCUUUUUCGUCAAGUCCAUUCAGAUAUCCUUUUCCGCAUAGAGGUUCAUUCUCAGAUCAUUUUAUUACUCAUCGUUUUAAGUAUAGUAUUCAAUGUACAGAUACCAAAUUAAUUAUAACUGAAGGAGUAAACAAGAACGAAAUUAAUACUGUUUUGUGGAAAAAUAAUUGUUCCAUAGAACCACAUUCGGUGAUAUCUUCAACUAAGAAUAUUGUUAGAGUCACGUAUGAUUCCUUCAAAGAUAAUAAACUUAAGAAUAAUUUUCGUAUCGAAUGGAUAGUAGAUGGCUGUGGUGGAGUGUUAAAUAAAUUUCAAGGAGAAUUUACAUCACCUGAAUAUCCUAGAUUUUAUAGUUUGAGUACAACUUGUGAAUGGAAUAUUAUCAUCAAUAAAGGAUAUAUUGUUGAAAUAACUAUAGAAGAUUUGUGGUUUGAAACUUCAGGAUCUUGUUUAAUUGAUUACUUAGAUAUUUACAAUGGAUAUGAUGAUUCAGCCCCAGAAUUGUUAAGAAUAUGCCAUAAACAAACAAGUCCAAUUACAUUGACGUCUAGUGGAAAUGAAGUUUUUGUAAGAUUUGUAUCAGUCGACGAAUCUCAGAGAAAACGUUUCAAAGCUACAUACAGGACUAUUGAAUCAAAAUGUGGUGGAAUGUUUACGGCUCCCCGAGGAGUUAUCCAUACUAGCAAUUACCCGCAGAGCUAUGAUUCUCACAGUUCUUGUACGUGGAAUAUUGAGAUAGCAGAAAAUCAUUUAAUUAAUCUUACAUUUACCGACUUCAGUACUCAGAGUUCGCCUCAAGGGAAUAAUGAUAUCGUCCUUGUAUAUGAUGGUAAUAUGCAUGGGAAAUUACUCCUCAAUCACUCUGGAAAUAGUGUACCACCACCUGUUAUAUCUUUAUCGAAUAAGCUCCUUAUAUCGUUUGAAGUUGGUAAACAUGAAUUCCAAGCAAAAGGGUUUAAAGCAAUAUAUUCCACGGCAUGUGGUGCAAAAUUAAUAACAAAUGAUUCGGGAAUUAUAACUAACAAUCCAUAUUUUACAAAUGGUGAACUCCAGAACUGCACUUGGACUAUCAUAUCUGAUACCCUUCAGUCAAAAGUCACAUUAACUUUUACGCAUAUUGAUAUAGUGCAUCCUUUAGAAAAUAGUGUGGUUGGGACCACAAAUAAUACUAAUGUGCAGUGUUCUGGUGGUUUAUUUCACACAAUAUUUCGAAUUUUGGAUGGUCCAGAUUCAGAUGCACCUCAAAUAUUAAAGUUUUGUAAAUCAAAUCCAAUACCACCGCCUAUUGUCAGUAAUGGACCGGCUAUGCGUAUAGAGUUCACAGAUAACUCUGGUGCGUUGGAUUCGUUUACAGCUCUGUAUUCUGUAAGAUCAGUAGCAUGUGGUGGAACGUAUGACUCCAUAAGAGGAACGAUUUCUUCACCCAACUAUCCAAAUAAUUAUUUUAGAGAUUCAGAAUGUGUUUGGAUAUUAAAGUCCUCCUUUGGAAAUCUUGUGUCUUUGAAUUUCAUUGCUUUUGAAUUAGAAGAUGACGAGUUUUGUAAUGAAGAUUAUGUGGAAGUCAGAGAAGGGGAUUCUAUUGGUCCAGUUUUAGGUAUAUUUUGCGGACCAAAUUUGCCAUCUAAUGUUACUUCAGGUUCAACACUUUGGGUCAAAUUUCGUUCCAAUUCUGUUGGCUCAGCUAAGGGAUUUACUGCAGAUUUUAAAUAUGUUUCCAAAAUCUACAAGUCACAGCAGUCAGGGAAUAUCUCUAGUCCAAUGUAUCCUAGACCAUACAGAGAUAGUGAAGAUUAUUCUUGGACAAUAAGGGUAGAUCUAUAUAAAAAAGUUCAAAUUGUGAUAAAUGACUUUAUUUCUACAUCAGAAAUUCACGAAUUAAAAAUAUACGACGGAAGUGAUGUCGAAUCAUUAGUUUUAUUAGAACUAAGCACUUCAAAUCCCAAUAUAGAAUAUAAGAAAACUAUCAUAUCAAGCGAUAGCAAUGUUUUCAUACGAUUGAUAGCAGGACAGAAAAAUGUUGGAGGUAUUCGGUUUUUACUAUCGUGGACACAAAUAGAUGCGGUAUAUUCGGACAAACUAUAUCCAAUGUUGGAUUAUAAUUUUAAUAAUACGCGAUUUGACUAUUAUUUAUCACCAAGCUCUAAUACAAGUGUGACCAUUACAAGUCCUGGGUAUCCUCAUGGUUAUGAACCGAAUCUCAAUGUUACUUGGAUGUUACACACGGAAUCACAUUAUCAUAUUGAUAUUGAAAUUAUUGACCUAGAUUUCUAUCCAAUUCAUUUAUCAUUAGAUAGGCAUUAUGGAGAUUACCUUAACAUUGAAACUGUUGAUCCUGAUACGGCAAAUACAGUACUGUUGAAAACAUUGUAUGCAAACCCCAAACUAAUACAUGAUAAAAGUAUAGUCGGAAAGAAUAAAGUAAUAUUAACGUUCAUUUCAAACAAGUCAUUAAAUGGAACAGGAUUUAAAGUUAAAGCAAAAUUAAAAUGUGGAGGUCAAUUGCGAGGACCAACAGGAGUCGUUAGUUUAUCUAAUACAUCAAGUCUGUUUGACUCGUAUCAACUUCAAUGCACAUGGAAUAUCACUGUACGGCCAGGAAGAACAAUUUUAAUGAAACUUAUGACCAUAAAAUUAUCAUCAUACAGUCUAUGUAUUGAUGGUUAUGUUUUGUUGAAAAAUGGAUUUUACGCGGAUUCAUCUUUUAUCGGCAAAGGGAAAUACUGUAAUGAAUCUAAUGAAUCAACCUUAUCUACGACCGAUAAUAUGUUACAAAUCAAUGCUGUACUAGUUGAUGGAGACAAUAUAAUAAAAAUAGCGUUUGAAGAAAUUUCAAUAAACUGUGGUGGACAAAUUUAUUUGAAUGAUGCAUACAGUACUACCCAAAUCACAUCUCCUUCUUAUCCAAAUAUACCUCCAGCCCACAUAGAAUGCAUAUGGACGGUAGCUGCACCGCCUACCGAACGGAUAUCUGUAAUCAUUGAAGACAUAGAUUUAUCUGAUAGCGAUGAAUGUGAAACAGAAUAUUUGGAAUUCAGAGAUGGCGCAGCUCGAUUUUCACGAUUAAUAAGUCAUAUUUGUCACGAUACGGACAUUCAGGAUAUCGAAACUACAGACAGAUUUUUAUACAUCAAGUAUUUCACGGAUAUAAACAUACCCAGUAAUGGUUUUAAAUUGAAUGUUACUAUAGCGAAAUGCGGUGGCACUCGACGGGCACCUCAGGGUAAAAUUUCGUCACCUAAUUAUCCCGGUUCAUAUGAGGCAAACAUGGAUUGUGAGUAUAAAAUUAUUGCUGAACCCGGUAUGCAAGUUAAGUUGAAAUUUGAGACGGUGAGACUAAAACGCCGAUAUCCAGGCAUCGGAAUAGUCGAAAAUACAGUAAACAAUGAAACUUAUGACGAUACUUUAACCGUAUUCGACGUGGACCCACUCAACAAAACAAUGGUGAAGAUAUCAACAAUUGUUGGUUCAGAUCUACCAUUAGAUGACAUCAGAUCAUCUGGUCAAGAAUUAAUUAUUAAAUUCAAAUCACACUUAAUAAACGGACCAUUUCGUAUGAACAACACACAAGCUAAAUUUUUAAUAUCAUAUGAGACUGACUACAUUGAUUGUAUGAAGAAUUACGAAGUUGAAAGUGGUGAAAUAAACAGUCCAUCCUAUACCAGUUUCAAUAGCGAAAUAACGCAUUGCUCUUAUUAUAUUAAGGUACCCAUGGGACGUAGAAUUACUGUUGAAAUAAUCGAAGAAAAAUCGCUCGUUAAAAAUUGUGAAAGUAAUGGUCUACCAGAGAAUAGGUUUAAAGAAAAACUCAGAGCUUAUCAAAAGAUAAAUAUUAUGACUGAUCGAAAUUAUGUAUGCAUUGAACCUGUUCUUAACCCUAUAUCACGUAAUUAUAUGUUUGAAUCAAUUUCAAAUGAGAUGUUGCUGGUUUAUGAAAAAGCUUACAAAAAAGACGAUCUAAAUGGUUUUCGAUUAAAAUUCUCAUCGGACAAACCUUCCGUUUGUGGAGGAAUAACAGAUGCUAGCAUCAAAGGUAAUAUAGAAUUCCCUAUCAAACAUUUAACCAAGGGUUAUUGCCAAUGGGAUUUUACAAACACUAAUGGAACGAUGGUAAUAUCUACACAUUUUAGAGUCAAUGAAAGCCAGAUAUCUUGCCGAGAUGAAGAUAAUCAUCUUUUAUUGGCCACUUAUGAAGAUGACAGUGAAUUACUAAAAAGAUAUUGUCCAAUGUCCAAUACGAAUGACAAGUUUACAAUUCUAAGUCCAACGCCCACGGUUAAGCUUUUGGUUCUAACAAACUUAAGGAAAAUUAACUUCACAGCAAUAAUUGAUUAUAACGUUAAUUCAUGUGGCGGAGUGAUGAAUGGGCAGAAAAUAACAAUAACUAGUACUAAUUAUCCUAAAAAUUAUGAUCAAAAUUUAAAAUGUGUGUGGUAUUUAAAACUUCCUGAAGGUAAUAAUGUCGAUAUACGUUUUAACGACAUUGACCUCGAUUCAUCGUGUGAUAAUAACUAUGUUAUGUUACACGAUGGACCUAAUCCCGAAAGUCCUGUAUUGGGUAAAUACUGUGGUAACAUUUUACCAGAAAAUUUAGUAGCUACUUCAAACAAGCUAUGGGUAGUAUUUUCAUCUGAGAGAGGAAAAAGUAACAGGAAAGGGUUCAAUUUAACUUUAGAAUCCAGACAAAAUGGCUGUGGAAAUAUGUAUGCAGCGGAAGAAGGUGAAAUAUCUAGUAGAAAUUAUCCAAACUUAUAUCCAAACAACGAAGAGUGUGAGUGGACUAUAGCGGUAUUUCCAGGCAACAGGGUUAGCUUGCAAUUUGUAGAACGUUUCAAUCUGGAACAAAGUGUAAAUUGUACUAAAGACUAUAUACAGGUUUUUAAUUUAAUUAAUAAUAAUUGGAUGCCUCUUGGAAGUCGAUUGUGUGGUCGUCAAAUUCCACCACAGUUUACCUCAUCUGAAACAAAACUCAAAAUUCGUCUGCGAACUGAUAGUGAUAUACAAGGAGAUGGCUUUAAAGUCAGGUGGAGUAGUACAUGUGGUGGAGUUUUUACUCAAAGUUCUGGAAAAAUUAUUUCACCAAACUAUCCAAAAAAUUAUCCGAACAACAUAAAAUGCAACUAUACAAUAUCUGCCCCCGGAGAGGAAAUAAAAUUGACUUUUAAUUCGUUUGAAUUGGAAGCAGACCACAGAUGUCGUUAUGACAGUUUAACAAUAUACAGUACUGCAGACGUGUUUGACAAUCCAACACGACAUUUCGUUGGCACGUAUUGCGGGACUAACGUACCACAUUCAAUGACGUUUCAGGAGAGUGUCAUGAUGAUAUUCCAGACAGACGAGUAUUUCACCAAAAAUGGAUUUGAAAUACAAUAUUCAGUAACAACAUGUGGAGGAGAAAUUACCAGUCCGGGGAUUAUUAAAUCCCCAAUGACUAUUGACCCACUAUUAGGCACUCCAAGGUACCCGGAUAAUGCAAAUUGCACUUGGAUUAUACGAGCUCCUCCAGACCAAGUUGUGCAGCUUAAAUUUACUAAAUUUCGCUUGGAAGAUUCGUUUAAUGCAUUUACUUUAGAUGAAAAUAUAUCAGACAAAUGUCAAUAUGAUUCUGUCGUUGUUUUUGAUGAGUCUUAUUUACAUAAUAAUGGUUCUCAAGAUUUCGAUAUAUUCUGUGGAGUUAUGGAUAUACAGUUACCAACAUUUGUUUCUAAAACGAAUUCUAUGUAUAUACAAUUUGUUAGUGAUUCUUCAAAAGGCGAUGAAGGAUUUGAGGCUGAAAUUAAAUUCACUUAUGGUAAAUCUCGUGGAUGUGGAGGCACUAUAAGAUUAAAUCAAUCAAAUAACAAUAUGACACUGAGUAAUUCGAACAUUUCUGCGAAAACUGAUUUGGAUUGUGAAUGGUUAAUAUUAGUACAGCCAUCAUAUGCUGUCCAGAUGCACGUGGUCAACUACACAGAAACACCCAAAUGUCCUUCAAACGAAACAAACUGUGUAUGCAGUUCUGUUCAGAUUUAUGAUGGUCCCGGAAGUUCAGCUUUGAAAAUUCGUCAAUAUUGCCCAGGAAAUGUUGACUAUGCUUCAUUAGUUUCGUCUGGUAAUAAAGCUUUUAUUAGAUACUCAAGCAUCGCAUCGGACGUAGACACACAUUUUGAGAUAAAGAUAACAUCGGUGACAUCGAUUUGUGGUCCAAGUACAUUGAUUGCGACCAAUCAAUCACAAGUAUUAACGUCUAUAAAUGAUCCAUUGCCAUAUAACAUGAACGAUUUAACUUGUACGUGGUACAUACAAUUAAAAUCAGAUGACCAAUAUCUUGUGUUACGAUUCACGGAUAUGAAUUUGGCGGACACCAAGGACUGCUCGUCUAAUUAUUUGGAAAUAAAAUACAGGCAUUUUUUGGGAUUGUACAAUACCCUCCACUUAUGCCACGAAGACCAUGCAUUUGAUUUUGUGAGUAAGCCAUCGAAUGUGUUAACAUUGACACUACAUACAGUAGCCGACCAAAAAAUACCGAAAGGCUUUAGACUCGAGUACAUGACUACAGGAUGUUUAACAACAUACACAAAACGCUAUGGGUAUAUUCAUCAUGGAGAUAAUAAACAAUUGACGUCGAGGAAAGAUGAAUGCACAUUCACCAUAAACUUAAGUCAAUCAAAUUUAACAAUUUCUUUAUUUAUUACAACGUUCAUUUUUAUCGGAUCAGGGUCUUCGUCUAAUUACCUAAAGGUUUAUGAUGGGCCAUCCGUCUCAUCGCCACAGGUGACCACAUUGAAUGAAAAGUACAAAAUUACUCCUUAUCCUGUAUUUUCAACGGGUCCGUCGUUGACGAUAGCUUAUAAAGCAACAGACAUAUUGAUUGGGUUUUUUGAUUUGAGUUACACAUCUACGGAUCAAGGUAGAGGUUGUGGUGGAAAAAUGUUCAAUAUGGAUGGUAUGAUAAUGAGUCCACUGUAUCCCAUGGUGUACAGUAAGAGCUCAACUUGCAGGUGGGAUCUAGCGGUUCCUAGACCAAAUCCGAUCAGGAUUAUGUUUAGAGAGUUUAACCUUGGUGCGAGAACGACAUGCAACACCGAUUAUUUGGAAAUGUACAACGUCGAUCAGUCGACUGGAGAAUCGUCGCUUGUUGCUAAAUACUGCGGUGGAGAUACUCCAGCGCGCCACAUCAGCAAAACGGGAGCAGUUUUCAUUCGUUACGUGACAACCGUACACAACACCGGCACGGGUUGGAUAUUGCACUUUGAUGAAAAAGGCAAUUUGUAGAACAAUUGUUUUUUAUUUUUUGCUAAGGAAUUCAAAAAAAAAAUUAUAAUAAACGAUUAUAGGUGUUUGAUUUUAA